CCGUACAUGGGAAUUUCGAUUUAUUUUUGGUGAACAAUUUAACGCACGGGCCUCUUGGGGUUCAAUAUCUCGAGACGCAGUCGCGUGAAUCAAAUUAUAUGCCUUACAUUCGAUUCCCGCCACUGAAACGCCAAGAUAUUGAGCUCCAAAUAGACUGUGCACAAUUGUACAAAAAUAAGUCAAAAUUCCACGUAUGGGCUUCAAUACUCAAUAUAUUUUUAGCCAGUGGCAGGAAUCGAAUGUAG